UGGAAUCAUCGCUGGCUUGUUCCAAAUGCUGACCGUGAGCUGCCAGCAAAGCGGUGGCUUGCUGCAACCUUCCAUUCACAAGUCCAGAAUCAGACCCCGACAAGGUGAUGACAAAGCCGUUGCCCGCUGGGCUGGGACUCGAGACCCUUGCGUCAUUGCCGAAAGGAAAGCAUUCCACUGCUGCUCCUCCCAAUCACCAUACUAAUCAAAAUUACCGGUGCAUUCGCCAUUGUCUACAAAUAAUUCCCACCCCUCAUUCCACGAUAAAGAAGACCCCUCUCCCAUCGACACCCGCUUCACCAGUUGCCCACCAUUUCGUUCUUACGCCGAUUCUUCAGUUCGACUUCUGUCAACCCCGCCAACAUGUCUGCAGCAAAGACCAAGGCCCAAAACAUCAUUGAUGAGAAUGCAGUUGCUGUCUUCAGCAAAUCGUACUGUCCGUACUGCAAAGCUACCAAGCAACUCUUGAAUGACAUGGGAGCCAAGUUCUACGCCAUCGAGCUUGAUCAAGUUGAUGAUGGUGCCGAUAUCCAAGCCGCAUUGAAGGAGAUCAACGGCCAGACUUCUGUGCCCAAUAUCUACAUUAAGCAACAGCACAUUGGAGGAAACUCGGAUCUUCAAGCUGCCAAGGGAAAGCUUCCUGAGCUGUUGAAGGAUGCUGGAGCCGUCUAAGUGGCAAGAUCUGGGAGGAUACACUCAUUAAUCGUCUAGAACAAUGAAUACAGAUUGCAAAGUCUACUU